AUGCCUCAGCAGAAUCAUCUCUGGGUCCCUGAGGAUGACUGGACCGGAGUGGUCGACCGACAAAAACGACGCCGUCUGCAGAACCGAUUGAAUCAGCGCGCCUACCGCAUGAAGCAGAAAGCAAUCAAUCAAUUCUCUGCAUCAGAAGGCGAGACUACUGAGUCUACAUUCAAUGUCUUGGUCCAGGCCCGCAACAUCACCACCACCACCACCACCGCCCACUCAACAGACUCCCCACGGUCGCAUUCACCCGAUGAGCCCAAUGACAACGAUCUGGAUUGCCAUCUCGUUCCUCAAGGCGCCCUGCAAUUCCGGCGGCAGUUUGAGGCAAUUGCUCAGCAGAGCUUCCGGCUGGGCAGUCCUCAGAUUGAGCACUUGGUCAGUCUUCGCCGCCUGAAUGUCCACCGCGCCAUCAAUGAGAACAUCCGCGCCCUGGGCAUGACUCCAGCCUGGAUGCAGCCGGACGAUGCGCUGUCCAUCUUUAACUUGUCGGUGCCGGGCUCUUCGGAAGCACAAAUCCCCCCGAGUCUCCAGCCCACCCCCAUCCAGCGCCUCGUGCCUCAUCAUCCCUGGCUGGACUUCUUCCCCUUCCCCCGGAUGCGCGAUGUCAUGAUUCUCGCCGGAGACCGGCUCGACGAAGAUGAACUCUGCCGGGAUCUGAUGGCUUUCUGGGACACUCACAAUACGGGGGCCUCCCUCGUGGUCUGGGGAACGCCGUGGGAUCCCCGGAACUGGGAGGCAACCGAGGAAUUCGUGCGCAAAUGGCGCUGGCUACUCGUGGGAUCGCCCGAACUGCUCGUCUCAACCAAUUGGUGGCGGGCAAAGAGAGGAGUGCCUGCGCUGCGUUGGCACCAGUUAGGGUUACAAUGGCCAUCUAGCCAGCUAGCCACCUAG